GCAAAGCUCUUUCGAUGCCAAUCUUCAUUCCAAACGGCGACCUUAUGAGGAGGUAAAGAAAUUAACACAACUCUCUGUCUCUGAUCUGAUCUGAUCUGAUCUGAUGCGUUCUGGUUUUAUGGGUAGUUGGGAAGUUGAUGACUGUGGAGGGAAUGUGCGCAAAUGGUUAAAAAGCGCACAUCUUGAUAUGGGGUCUCCUUUCUUGCUUCACCUUUUUUUCAAGAGAAGAAACGGUAUAGCGCUGGGUGACUCGGUGGAGGACAGGACGUCUGUCUGAGUACCAAUCAGAAAACGGUAUGCUGCUGCAAUCUGCAGCUGACCUCUCUCUCUCUCUCUUCUCUGUUUCUUGCUUUCUCAUCUUACCUUCCCCAAGCUAGAUAAUUGAGUAGGUGGUGAGAGAUUGGAAGGAAGCCCAUUACUCUCUCAGUUUACACUUUCCAAGCUUAGCCCAAAAGAAUGGCCGGGACUGGAGUUCUGAAUUCUCAAGCAAGCUCUCGAUGAUGAUUAAAAACCCCAUUCUAUGAGGCUACAGAUGAGAUGCCUACCCUCAAAAUAGUAGUAGCAUCCUUGGGAAACAGAUACAAUCUCAAAGUUAUUUUAAUUUUAAUGCUUCUCAUUCCGAGGCAGCGAAACCCAAAGCCAGGAAGGAAGAUAUCUUGAAAGGGACCUCUGGCGUGUGAUCUUGUAUAACUGCCACCAACGGAGACGGAAGAGAGUGUGGGAAAAAAUGAGGAAGAGAAAGGGAAAACUGUUCCCAAAUCCCAACCCACUCCCUUUCAGAUCUCAAUAAUAAUGGUGAUGUAAUAAUCUCAGAACGCAAACGUGUGAUGGGGGCAGACAAAAUGAAAACUAGAAAACGGGAAAAAACCCAUUAGUUAGGCAAUAAUACAGCUAUAGCCUAGGCUGACCCUGCAAUUCUCAUCUCAUGCAUGUCUCUUCCUCUUCUUCUUCUUCUCCAACUCCUCCAUAUAUACAUGUCUGUUUCUCUGGGUUUUGAGUAUUUGUCUUUGUGCUUGUAUUCUCCCUUCCUCUCUCUCUUGGUACUAUCGUAAUAGUACAUGAGGAGUAGCUUUCUUUGGUUUUUGUUUUCCCUCUUGGCUGAGUUGGGGUUAGAGGUCCCUCACUCGCUCAGUCACUCGUCUCUUCUCUUUCUAGCCUGGUCUCCCUGCUGCAUUACUCUGUUUUCCCCCACUUACACGUUUGAAAGCCUCUCUGAUUAAUUAUACAAAAGGAGGAGUGUAAAAGGGAAGAUAGAUUCUUUGGGGGGAGGGAAGGUGGCAACUGAUCACUAUCUCUUUUGGGUUUUGGGGGUACGCUUUUUCAGGAUUCAGAUCUCUGUUUAGUCCUUUCUUUAUCUAGCUGUUUGUUGCCACUAUUUACUCCGUGUGUCAACCCAAACCCACCUUAUCCCUGUUCUUUUCCCUCUCCCUCUCCCUCUGUUUCUUUUCCGCUAAUAUAUAUCAUCCCACUUCUCAAGGCUCUCUGAACUCAAACGACACCCUCUCACUCUCUCCCUCUCCUUUCCUUCUCCGCUAGUGGAAAGAUGGGCAGUGAUCAAUUUUGCUUCUGUUGCCACAGAAAGAAGCAAUUAAUCUUUUCGUUGCUGGUUCUUCUGAUCUCAAGCGUCAUCUUUGUUAGAUUUCAAACCGAAGGAAGAGCAAUCAGCAAGCUGCUUGAAGUAAAUGGAGUUGGAGAGGAAGAAGGGAAAUUCAUGGUGAGGAGUAAGACAAUAGGAUCGAGGCCGCCAAAGUGCGACAACAGAUGCGGCUCCUGUGGCGGCCAUUGUGAAGCGGUCCAAGUCCCCGUGACGACAAUGCAGGGGAGAAAGCCGGGGAGGAGCAGCCGUUUCAGUGUUGCUUACACCUCCAGAGGUGAAGAUUACUCCAACUACAAGCCCAUGAGUUGGAAGUGUAAAUGCGGAAACUCCAUUUUCAAUCCUUGAUUGAUCAAUCUCUGGGUGUAAGUAAGUAGAUCAACAGCUGUUUCUUUUGGUUGGUGAGCAGAGGAAAUGCCCAACUUCUGCUAAUGUAAUGUGGAUAAACAAUGACCUGCUAAACUGUAUACUACUCCGAUUCCUCUGCCUCAUGUCUCUAUAUCGGCUCCAUGAAUUCUCUGUCCAUUAUGGUGAAAGCAUAUUCAUAUUGCUAUGUGGGUUUGCGAAAGUUGUCGCUUGUUUCGACUCUUUCUCUGUUGGCGUUCGCUGCAUUAUACUCGAUGCCAGCCGGUGCUCUGUUUUUUUUUUUUUUGCCGUUUUCUAGUUUGUAACUUUUUUGUUUUCGGAAUUUAUUCCCAUAACUUUUUGGUAUGAUUCACUUGGAUAUAUAGAGGCGCGACGGAGUAAGAAAUGUGCUUGCUUCGGA